AUGAUGUCUCUGUCGAGGACGGUCGCUCCGCGAGCGCUACGAGCGUCGGCCAUCCUCCCAUACUCGCUCGUCCGCGCCGCUCCCGCCGCUUCCAUCUCCUCGACCUCUUCGAAACCCGCCACCUCGGUGGUCUCACAGGCGCCCACCGCCGGCGGCGAUGCGUCGCGACUGCCCGUCACAGGCGGCAUCCGUCGAGAGGUGCCCCUCCCGUCGCAGGAUCAGAAGAAGGGAGCUAUGCAGUUCGCCCUCACCACAUUAGAUCAGAUCGCCAACUGGGCCCGUCAAGGCUCGCUGUGGCCCCUCACCUUCGGUCUGGCGUGCUGCGCCGUCGAAAUGAUGCACCUCUCGACCCCACGGUACGACCAGGAUCGUCUGGGAAUCAUCUUUCGUGCAUCACCCCGACAGAGUGACGUGAUGAUUGUGGCAGGCACACUCACCAACAAGAUGGCCCCGGCGCUGCGACAGGUAUACGACCAGAUGCCAGAGCCCCGAUGGGUGGUUUCGAUGGGCUCCUGUGCAAACGGCGGAGGUUACUAUCACUACAGCUACAGUGUGACGAGAGGCUGUGAUCGCAUUGUGCCUGUGGACAUUUAUGUGCCGGGCUGCCCACCCACGAGCGAGGCAUUGAUGUACGGCAUCUUUCAGCUGCAGAAAAAGAUGAGACACACUCAGAUCACGAGACUGUGGUACAGAAAGUAA